GUGGGUUGUUCUGUAGAGGAGACGAUCUUCCUGGAUAACAUAAUGCCAGCUGAGCGUAAGAAGUCAACAAGCAUGGAAGAAAAGGAAACAUCAUUAAAUAACAAAGAUAAGGAGUUCAGUGACAGGCGGUCAGUGAACAGCCGGGACAAACCCAAAGAGGAUGUCAGACUUGGCAUGAAAAGAGAGAUGUUAAAACCACCUGAAGAUAAAAAGAAAAAAUUGGAGGAGGAGAAACGGAAAAAAGAAGACAAGGAGCGGAAGAAAAAAGACGACGAGAAGGUAAAAUGUGAAGAGGAGCAAAAGAAAAAAGAAGAGGAAGAAAAGCAAAAAUUUGAAGAGGAAGAGAAAAAGAAGCAAGAGGAAGAAGUAAAGCGGCAGCAAGAAGAGGCAGCUGCUCAGUUGAAAGAAAAAGAGGAAGCACAUCAGCUCCACCAGGAAGCUUGGGAGCGCCACCAAGCAAGAAAAGAACUUCGAAGCAAAAACCAGAAUGCAUCAGAUAGCCGCCCUGAAGAGAACUUCUUUAGCAGGCUAGAUUCAAGCCUCAAAAAGAACACUGCCUUUGUUAAGAAGUUAAAAACUAUCACAGAACAGCAGAGAGACUCCUUGUCCCAUGAUUUUAAUGGCCUCAAUUUAAGCAAGUACAUUGCAGAGGCUGUUGCUUCUAUAGUAGAAGCAAAACUGAAAAUAUCAGAUGUAAACUGUGCUGUGCAUUUGUGUUCUCUGUUCCAUCAGCGUUAUGCUGACUUUGCACCAUCCCUACUUCAAGUCUGGAAGAAGCAUUUUGAAGCAAGGAAAGAAGAAAAAACACCCAACAUUACUAAACUAAGAACAGAUUUGCGGUUCAUUGCAGAACUGACAAUAGUUGGGAUUUUCACUGAUAAGGAAGGCUUGUCUUUAAUCUAUGAACAGCUGAAAAAUAUUAUUAAUGCUGAUCGUGAAUCCCACACCCAUGUUUCUGUGGUUAUUAGCUUUUGCCGGCAUUGUGGAGAUGACAUUGCUGGUUUGGUACCAAGGAAGGUUAAAGGUGCAGCAGAUAAAUUUAACUUGAGUUUUCCUCCCAGUGAAAUAAUUAGCCCAGAGAAGCAACAACCUUUCCAAAACCUGCUGAAGGAAUAUUUUACAUCUUUGACCAAACACCUGAAAAGGGACCACAGGGAACUACAAAAUAUUGAAAGACAAAACAGGCGUAUUCUGCAUUCUAAAGGGGAAUUGAGUGAAGAUCGGCAUAAGCAGUAUGAAGAAUUUGCUAUGUCCUAUCAGAAGUUGUUGGCUAACUCUCAGUCAUUAGCUGAUCUCUUGGAUGAAAAUAUGCCUGAUCUCCCGCAAGAUAAACCAGUACCAGAAGAACAUGGGCCUGGCAUUGAUAUCUUUACCCCUGGCAAGCCUGGUGAAUAUGAUUUGGAGGGGGGUAUCUGGGAGGAUGAAGAUGCACGGAACUUCUAUGAGAACCUUAUUGAUUUAAAAGCAUUUGUGCCUGCUAUCUUAUUCAAGGAUAAUGAAAAAUAUUCCCAGAACAAGGACUCUAAUAAAGAUGAUUCUAGAGAAUUAAAAGAGGCUAAGGAAAACAAAGAUGUGUCAGGUACUGACGAUUUGGAGUUGGACCUGGAGAAUCUGGAUAUUAAUGAUGAUACCCUUGAGUUAGACUGUGGUGAUGAAGCUGAAGAUCUUACAAAAAAGCUUCUUGAUGAACAAGAACAAGAAGAUGAAGAAGCCAGUACUGGGUCACACCUAAAGCUUAUAGUAGAUGCUUUCCUUCAGCAGCUCCCAAACUGUGUAAAUAGAGACUUAAUAGACAAGGCUGCCAUGGAUUUUUGCAUGAAUAUGAACACAAAAGCCAAUAGAAGGAAGUUGGUUCGUGCGCUCUUUAUAGUUCCUCGGCAAAGGCUGGAUUUGCUGCCCUUUUAUGCAAGGCUGGUUGGCACAUUGCACCCUUGUAUGUCUGAUGUAGCAGAAGAUCUCUGUUCCAUGUUGAAAGGCGACUUCAGAUUUCAUGUAAGGAAGAAGGAUCAGAUUAACAUUGAAACAAAGAACAAAACUGUUCGGUUUAUUGGUGAGCUUGCGAAGUUCAAAAUGUUCUCCAAAAGUGACACUCUGCAUUGCUUAAAGAUGCUUUUGUCUGAUUUUUCUCAUCACCAUAUUGAAAUGGCAUGUACUUUAUUGGAGACUUGUGGUAGAUUCCUCUUCAGAUCACCAGAAUCCCAUUUAAGAACCAGUGUCCUUUUGGAACAAAUGAUGCGAAAGAAACAAGCAAUGCAUCUUGAUGCACGCUAUGUCACAAUGGUAGAAAAUGCCUAUUACCACUGCAACCCUCCUCCAGCAGAAAAGACUGUAAAAAAGAAACGUCCUCCUCUCCAGGAAUAUAUUCGGAAACUCCUGUAUAAGGAUCUCUCCAAAGUCACUACUGAGAAGGUCCUGAGACAGAUGCGCAAAUUGCCGUGGCAUGACCCUGAAGUGAAAGACUAUGUUAUAUGUUGUAUGAUCAACAUUUGGAAUGUGAAAUAUAAUAGUAUUCACUGUGUAGCCAACCUUUUAGCGGGGCUGGUACUUUAUCAAGAGGAUGUUGGAAUUCAUGUUGUGGAUGGUGUUCUAGAGGAUAUUCGACUAGGAAUGGAGGUUAAUCAGCCAAAAUUCAACCAACGGAGGAUUAGCAGUAGGUAUGUCUGGUGGAAGAAGAGCCUGGAUGUUUGGACAAAAGAUCACCCGUUCCCUAUAGACAUUGAUUAUAUGAUCAGUGAUACAUUAGAACUGCUGAGACCAAAGAUAAAACUCUGCAAUUCUCUGGAAGAAUCUGUUAGGCAGGUACAAGAACUGGAAAGGGAAAUCUUAAUCAAAUUAGGACUUGUGAAUGACAAGGAUUCUAAAGAUUCACUUACUGAAGGAGAGAACCUGGAGGAGGAGGAGGAGGAAGAGGAAGGUGGAGUAGAGAUAGGAGAACAAUCUGGAAAUGAAAGUGAAAUAAAUGAGCCAGAGGAGGAGGAGGGCUCCGACAAUGAUGAUGAAGAGGGAGAAGAAGAAGAAGAAGAAAAUACGGAUUAUCUCACAGACUCUAAUAAGGAGAAUGAAACUGAUGAAGAGAAUACUGAAGUAAUGAUUAAAGGAGGUGGACUGAAACGUGUCCCGUGCGCUGAAGAUGAAGACUUCAUUCAGGCAUUGGACAAAAUGAUGCUGGAAAAUUUGCAGCAAAGGAGUGGCGAGUCUGUGAAAGUGCAUCAGCUAGAUGUUGCAAUUCCCUUGCAUCUCAAGAGCCAGCUCAAGAAGGGUCCACCACUAGGUGGUGGGGAAGGAGAAUCUGAAUCUGGAGACACAAUGCCUUUUGUCAUGUUAACUCGAAAAGGCAACAAGCAGCAGUUUAAGAUCUUAAAUGUACCGAUGUCUUCCCAACUGGCUGCAAAUCACUGGAAUCAGCAACAAGCUGAGCAAGAGGAGAGAAUGAGAAUGAAAAAACUGACAUUGGAUAUCAAUGAACGGCAAGAACAAGAGGAUUAUCAGGAAAUGAUGCAGUCCCUGGCUCAGCGGCCAGCUCCAGCAAAUACCAACCGAGAACGGCGGCCUCGUUAUCAGCAUCCAAAGGGAGCACCUAAUGCUGAUCUAAUCUUUAAAACUGGUGGAAGGCGUGAGAGAGGGAACAGACAGCGUCGAAGCUGAGAUUAGUCACGGAAAA